AUGUCAUCUGAAGAUUUUCGUAAACCCCAUAGAGAAGCUAUCAUCAAUAAGAACAUUAUUGUGGAAGGUGACCAGAGAGAAUUAGCUGAAAAACAGAUCGAUAACAGAAUAGAUCACGACUCUGGAACCAGAAGUAAUAAAGUUAACCAAAAGAAACAAAGUUUCUUUGAAGCUGUCAAAACCCUCAAAGUAUCAAAGGAUAAACCCAAGAUGAUCCUCAAUAAACAAGUUAGAAAAUCUACACCAGACAAAGACCCUGUAAAUUCAAAUAAGAAGAAAAGGGAGAAUGCACUCAAUGGUACGGGAGACCAAAAUGACCUUUUACAACCGGCACCAAAAGGCAGGAAUUGGAUAUGGUUGGGAGGUUUACAUUCAAACACCACCGUUGAAAACAUCAAAGCAUACACUGGGAUGAAAUGGCCCGAUAGGGACGUGCUUUGUUUCGAUCUAAAAUCAAAGUCUCCAAAGAAGUCAUUCAAGGUCGGAAUGAUUGAUAUCUCGCAGGAAGAGCUUCUACAACCCGAAUCCUGGCCCAGUGGAUCUCAAGUCGUUCUCAACAAUAAAACCUCUUGUUACUAUCAAAAUGUAAGAGGUUUACGUACCAAAUUAAAAGAGCUAGCUCUUACUGUUUCCAUUUGCGAUUAUGAUGUAAUUAUGCUAUCUGAAACUUGGCUAUCAGCUGAUUUCGAUAUUGCUGAAUUGGGUUUGAAUAAUUAUUCAGUCUUUCGAAAGGAUAGAGAUGCUAGUACUAGUAAUAAAAAGUUGGGAGGUGGAGUUCUAAUUGCAAUCAAAAAGAGGUUUCAUUCAUGUUUGAUAAUAUCUGAUCCUAGUAUAGAAGCUGUAUUUGUUUUCGCAAAGUUCUUUUCAGUUAAGUAUAUAAUUUCAAAUGUAUAUUUCCCUCCUAAUACCGGAGAAUGUUUGUUCAAAACUUAUCUAAACGACCUAGAAUCAAUAGUCGACGAAUACAAAGGCGAUAUAAAACUGAUAUGCGGUGGCGACUUUAACUUGCCAGGAGAUCUUUGGUUCGAUUUAUCGGGGGAUUCCAUAUGUGUCAUGUCGAGACCACAGUUCAUGAUAAGUAAUGCAAUCGCUAUGCUUGAUGUAAAACAGAUCAACAAAAUAAAAAACACAAAUAAUACUAUAUUAGAUUUGAUUUUUGUCUCUCAGGAUAACGUCGAGGUAUUUAGAGCGAGUGAUGAAUUGAUUAGUUGCGAUCCUCAUCAUCCGCCACUGUGCUUCGAUAUUCCAUUUGAGAAAAUUAAGACUGAACGAGAUUGUGAAUAUUUUAGGGAUUUCAAGGCAGCGAAUUUUGAAGGAAUCAUAUCGUGUUUGUCUCAAACGGAUUGGAAUCUUUUAAUUGAUAAUGAUAUGGCCUCAAGUAUCACCGCAUUUUACGAGGUGAUUAAUCAUAUCAUAAAUGAAUACGUUCCCAAAAGAUUAAAGCCAAAAAACAGCUUUCCUCAUUGGUUCUCCGCUGACUUGAAAAAGCUGAUUUCAAGUAAAAAAGCAGCCCAUAAAAAAUACAAGCAAACUCGUAUCAGUGACGAUUAUGAUGAUUUCGUCGUAAUAAGAGAAAGGUGUAAAGCUGAAAACAGAAUUUGCUUCAGUGAGUACGUGGCUAAAGUAGAACAGUCUAUUCGCGGUGAUCCCAAAUAUUUCUGGAAAUUCAUUAACGAUCGCAAACAGGUUAAAGAUCUACCUAGUUCGAUGGUGUUGAACGAUUAA